AUGCAGAUCCUCGCCGAAGCGUACAGCACCACCCUUCACCCCGACGCCCUCUCCGCCGCCGCGACGUGUCUCAUGGACGUCAACUCGGACGAUGUCAUCUACUACUUUCGGCGGCUUCACAGAUUCGCCCGAGAGCACUUCGGCGCCGCCGCGGACUCGCUUGGCGGCCCCCUGGCUUGGGGGAAUCAUCAAGAGCUGCUCUGGCUCCAAAUCAUCCUAUGCGAACUUAUGGGCCGCCGCCCGUCUCUGUCGGACGACGAAGCGGCUGCCCUGGGUGUCUACUUUAGGUCCGGAUGGUGGUCGUCUGGUAUGCAGGUGGCGGACAGAAGAUGGGCGGUAAACACGUGCAAUGCUAUUUCCGACCACCUUGAAACCGCGAAGACAUUCUCUGCAGCAAAGUUCGUUAACGAAGAUCUGCUCCGAAGGAAGAAGGGAGACUUGAUCCUCAACGCUAGGGGCCGCGAGACACCCCUCGCGGACGUCUUGCUGCCGGAGAUCACCAGGGCAUACCGCGCGGUUCGCAUCGCUCAGUCGCGCCUCACGGAGGCCUCUGCGGACGCAGCGAAGGCCGCUCAUACGGGGUACCUGGAGAGCGUCGCGCACUUCCUCGAGUGCGCCCAUCCCGCCUGGACAUCAACCCUCCCCGCCAGCGACCUGGACACCGUGUACCCCUACACGCGGGACGUUCUCGCGGAGCUGACGCGCGUUCUGUUGGAGCUCUUCGCGGCGGACAAGGUGCGGACCACCAUCGAGUCGGGAUGUCUAGCUUCGGUUCUGGGCGGGCUUCGCGGGCUCGACGAUGCCCGCCUGCAGAAAUGCGUCCCGGAGGAUCUGGUUCUAGGUAUUUUGGACCUUGCGGAGACGCUCGAGAGUGCCUCAGAGUAUGCCGACAACAAAUACGUACGGGAGGUACAGCACGUAGCGGCGAUCUUUGGGAAGACCAUCAUUCGCGUCCACUUCAGGUCCGUCAAACAUAAGCCAGGAACAACGGCCUCUCCCGAGACAAGCCCUAAGAUACUGCUUGGGACAACGGCCGCCGCUCCUGCAGGUGUCGCGGAUUCGUCAACAUACACGCCUGGGGCCGCGGACAAGGCUUCCUGCACUGGCCGCGAUCCGGGGGACGACUCGCAAAACGCACACGCUGGCGAUGCUCCGCCGUAG